AUGGGGGGAAAGCAGCAAGUGGCCCAGCAUUUGUAUUGUCACAAAGGUAUAUACAUGAAUAUAGAGGAGUAUCCAGUCAGUACGUAUAACUGGACCACAGAGAAAAUGGAGACUUGUGACAAUGGGACAUUUUGCCAGGAAGCCAUUCUGAUGAUUGGAACAGGGACUAAGUCUGCUAUUGUGGCUACUAAGGGCUGCACCGUUGGAAGGACAGCACAGAUGAUCUUUAUGCAGCAUACCCCACCCCCGGGCUUGAUGGCAAUCUCCUACAGUAGCUACUGCGAGGACUCCUUUUGCAACAACAAAUACAGCAUGUCUCCGUUUUGGAUGCCAGAAGGGAACCCAGCUCCCAGUGUGUUAACAACCCUCUAUUGCCCAACCUGUGUGGGUAUAAGGACUUGUUUCAGUGCUCCUUCUCUUCCCUGUCCCAGUGGUACAACUCGAUGCUAUCAAGGCAGACUUCAGAUCACUGGAGGAGGCAUCAACUCAAUUGUGGAGGUCAAAGGUUGUACAGCCAUCACUGGUUGCAGGCUGAUGUCUGGGAUCUCCACUGUUGGAGUCUUGGAGGUGAAGGAAUUGUGUCCAUACCAGUCUCUCACUCAAGUCCGAAAGCUUGAAAAUGGGACCACCUGUCUUCCCAUUUCAGCCUGGGGGUUAGGGCUCCUGCUGCUGUUAAUGCUGCUGCUGCAACCACUUGUCCGUUGUUCGUGA